AUGACAUCUGUUCUCGAGCCUUUUAUCUACACUCCCCUCAGCCCAGGCCAAAUUAGAAUCCUGGAGCACAAUGUAGAAGAUGGCAGCAGCGAGCCAACCUGGAUUCUCAGGGUCAUUGCGAUUGGAGAAGCCGGCCAAGAGGGGCAAGAUAUCGACUUUGAUGCUCUUUCAUAUGUCUGGGGCGACCACAGUGAGACGUUUCCGCUGAUUUUGAACGGACGGGAGAUUCGGAUCCAUAAGAACCUGCAUGUAGCCUUGCCCUAUCUGAGCAGGCGUCCAUCACGUCGUCCUAUUUGGGUCGACGCUGUGUGCAUCAACCAGAAAGACAAUGCGGAGAAGAUGGUUCAGAUCCGCAGGAUGAGUGCGAUUUACCACCGUGCCAUCCAGGUCUGGGUCUGGUUAGGACCGGGCCUUGACCAUACAGCUGAUGCUAUCAGGCUUUUACCUCUCAUGGCGCAAACCGGUGAGAGGAGCUCGCCAACGGGAAUGCCGCCUGGGCUCCCGCCGGUACUUUCGCCGAUAUGGACCAGCAUCCUCAACAUUAUCGGCAAUAGCUGGUUUGGGCGCGUAUGGAUCGUGCAGGAGUCCGCGUUGGCCCAGGAUCUCCGAUUCCUCAUUGGGACGCACGAGGUUGAUGCUGAAAUGCUCAACGCUGUCGCAAGGGCGUCUAACUGGUUGGCCGAACACUUCUUCGACGCCUCGAUGCGGGACGAAGCCAAGAGGCUCCUAGAUAACCAGCGAGUAAUGGCCGUAUUUGGAAUACGCGACUUAGUACAAAAGUCCUUCUCCUUGGAAAGCUCCAAGCUCGACCAGCCAAGACCGCCUCGCCAACUCGUAUGGAUCAUUUACCAAAUGACCAUGAACAUGCAGUGCUUCGACCCUCGUGACCGGGUGUACGGAACUUUAGGCCUUCUACCAGACGACCAGCGUGGGACCCUCGGAUAUUUGAGCGAUACAGCCAGCUUGGCGGACUUGCAAGAUAAGUAA